CAGUAUCUGCUUGGGUCUCGUGAGGGAGGGACGCGUGAAAAUGACUGGCGUUGAUGAAAUACUAAAUUAUCAAAGGAACCCUGACGACGAUUUCUACGGCUUGCUGGGCUGUGACGAAAACUCCAGCGCGGAGCAGAUCAUUGCUGAGUACAAGGUGCUGGCUUUGCAGUACCACCCUGACAAGAACGAUGGGGACAAAGAAGCUGAAGCCAAGUUCCAGCAACUAAAGGAGGCGAAGGAGACGCUGUGUGAUCCGUCUAAGCGCGCUCUGUACGACAAGUGGCGCCACAGCGGCAUCGCCAUGGGCUACAAGCAAUGGCUUGGCAUGAAGGAUCACGUGCAGCAGUCCAUGCACUGGAGCAAGCCUAACACUAAGGAUCGCAUGCUUGAGGGGGAGUGUGGCCGUGCUUCGGGCCCCUCCAGCCUGGGGCCCAGCAACCCGGCAGCUCGCAGGGCCUCCGAAGGCGGCGCCGCUCUCUGGGGCCGCUGGGGAACUGGCAACCAGGAACCUCCCUCUGAGGUCAUCUCCAAGUUCCGCAACUAUGAAAUCUAAACCCCAGUAGUCCCCGUCUAUCGGCUAGUCAUGUCUUAACCGACUUUACUAGACCAAAUCCCGGGACUAUUUCUUAUUUAUUUUUUUACAAAAAGAGGUUACUUGUGCCCUAAUCUCUUUAUUUUCGUAGCAUUUUUUUAUGUACUUAAUUUAAAAAAUUGACCCAAGUCACAUUAUUCGUGAUAUUAUUGCAACCAGGCUGUUAAAUUAAUUACUUGCCAUUAAAAGUUUACAAUUUUAGUCAUGUUGUAUUUGACAAUUAUUGAGUAUAUUUAAAAUUAGAGAUAAUUAUUAUAAAUAAGUUAAAUAUCUAUAUAUAUAUGUUAUAAAGUAACGGCACAAUAUUCAUCAAGUCAGCUCGCGGUACGUUUCUCGAAUGUGGCUCGAUAUUCUACGUUAAGUAAUAAUUACUGUUUUUGAGUGUUUGAUGUGCUAAAUGUAUUUCUGUUGUACGUAGAGUCAGAAUUUGACGUAGGUGCCCCGACCCCUAGAAUGGUGUAUUAGUGUUUAACACUCUUAGCUGUUAUCCCUUAGCCGUAAGCUGUGCACAUUCCUGAUAACUUAUGAGUCUGAUUUAUUACAUUUCUGCUAUAUCAAUAUUAUCUACUUGAAGAAUCUCGAUAUUUUGAAGAUUUAUAUUUUUGAUCCUCUUUAUCUUACUAUAAGUAUGAUAUUAUUUUAAAAGAAGAGAGUGGGUAUAUAGCGGGUGUCGUUGUGAGAUAUAUACAGGGUAAAGUUGCGAGACAGGACUGUUUAUUUGUUUUACCUUCUGCAACCUUGUCAUUCUACUUUCUAAUAAUUAUGGUCUAAUGACGUAUGUAAUCGUUAAUCGUAUUUGUUCCAACAUAAAUGUUGUGUUACCUGAUAGUUACGUAGAAAUAAAUGUUAUGUGUUAAAUGUUUGAUCAGUAUUUAAUUUAUGUAUUUUAAAAAUAUAAUUAAAUGUUAUAAAUGGGUAGUGGAAUUUUAAAAUUUAAAUGUUUUGUCUCGAUAAGUAUUUUAAAAGCUAAAGCCAAAAUGUAUAAGAUGUUUUUAUUUUUGAUGUAAUACAUCUUUGGAAAACAAUAAAGGUCUGCUGAACA